CUCGCUCGCUGUCGGCGUCGGCGCUACCUUCCCGGAUUACACCAAACAGAAGAGGUGCGGUGGGCGGCGCCGACCUGAGGAGGACAAUGGGACGGCAGCUAACGGCCGGAGCCCGGCGGAGCACCGCACUGAAAGACAUGUAGCUGGGGGUCAACUUUCUUUAACCGAAAAGGGUUCAGGGUGGGUUUCAGCUGGUGGCCGGAAAAUGAUUGACUCAGUGAAGCUCCGAAGAGAGAGUGCUGCAGAUUUCUUUUCUCACUAUGAAUAUCUUUGUGCACUUCAAGACUCUAUACCUCUGCCUGUUGUGAGAGCCAACCUGAGGCUAGGGGUGCUCGAUUUCAAUGCAGACCGCCUCAAGCUCCUGGACUGGGCACCUUUGCUAAGCGCCCUUAGGAUAAAUAAAAAUUUGCCCUCUGUUGCCAUCAGGAGUUCCUAUCAACCAGGUUUUGGAGAUUCAGCUUCUGAUAGGUAUAAAGCCUAUUCUAAAAGGCGAAUUCCUACAAUUAGAUCCAAAGAAGUGACCAUCCAAUUAUGUAAAGCUAUUAAAGGCUGCUUAAGUGUAUCUGCUGCUCUGAAGAACCUAGAGCUUCAGGGAAUAUAUUUAAGAGAACGAGAUUUAAUAUUGUUAACAAGGGGGUUGAAUAAAUCAGCAUCUUUGGUACAUCUGUCUCUAGCCUAUUGUCCAAUUGGAGAUGGAGGUUUAGAAACUGUCUGUCAAAGUGUUAAGACCUCAGUAACCCUCAAGACUAUAAACUUCUCAGGGUGUAAUCUGACUUGGCGUGGAGCAGAACAUCUGGCUAAUAUCUUAAAGUACCAGGCGAUAAGGAGGUUUGAAGAUGUGUGGGCUGAGAGUCUUCGAUAUCGGAACCCCGAUCUGGAUGGCAUGGCAGGCUUGCAACGCAUCUCACUCAACUGCAACAGCCUUAUUGGCGAUCAGGGUGCCAGCGCUUUUGCAGAAUGUCUUCAUGACAGUUUGUGGCUGAGAGCACUUGAUCUGCAGCAGUGUGGGAUUAGCAAUGAGGGAGCUAAAACUCUGCUAACUGCCCUGGAAGGAAAUACAACCAUGGUGGUUCUGGAUAUAAGAAAAAACCCACUAGUUGAUCAUUCUUUGAUAAAAGCAGUUAUUGACAGAGCUGUCCAGAAUGGAAAGAGUGCUAAAUCAGAGUACAAGUGGUUAAGUUCUCCAACUUUAAAGGACCUUUUCAAAACUAAACAGAAAAAAAGAACUAUAAUUCUGGGAAGUGGUCGAAAAGGAAAAGCUACUAUUCGUAUUGGUAACCGUGCUUUUUUAACGCCGCUUGGAAGUUCCCCCUUAAUUUGGAGGCACCAAGGAGUAACAACAAUGAAACCUUUAGGUACAGGAAGAAAACAGUUAUGUAGUAAAGACUCUUAUACUCCAGAGUCAUUACCACCUGGUACAUAUGGCUUCCUGCCCUGGCGUACUGCAGAACGUGCCAGUAGGAGCAGGGGAUUUCCACUGAUGAAAACUCGAGAUUUACCUUGGCCAGUUCAGCAAAUGGAUUUUCCUGUGAAAGUAACUGUGGAGACCCCAUCAUGCUCAGAAACAGAAGAAUCAGAAGACACUAUUUUAGAAUCUCUUCCUGAAAAUACUAGCCUAACACCAUACAAAAUAAGUGAAAUACAGGAGAAGUUGGAAGAGUGCAUAGAGCAAUUAAAAGCAGAAAGGAUUAUGAGAGUCAAGGCUGACAAACGAGUAACUGAGCUGGAACUUGAAAAUUCCCAGUUGCGAAAUAUAAAUUUCUCUCUAUCUGAGGCUCUUCAUGCACAGUCACUGGCAACCAUGAUUUUGGAAGAUGAUGGUGUUUUGGGUAGUAUUGAGACAUCUUUUCAGAAGUUCCACGCUUUUUUGGAUCUCCUUAAAGAUGCUGGACUUGGGCAGCUUGCCACAGUAGCUGGUAUAAAUCAGUCGGAUUUUGAUUUCCUAGAUCAUCCCCAGAUGAACUCUACAAUUAAUGCUAUACUUAUAGAAGAAAAAAAGGGACUUGAAGAAAAGCCAGAACUUAAUCAAAAUACCCUAGGACAAAUGCAUAGUAUGCAAAAAGUUAGUGAUGAUAUUAGAACUUCUUUGCCUCUUGACACCUUCCAAUUUCCAGCUUCUACUCAGGAGGCCUUAUCUUCUUCCAGAGAAGUUCAUGGAAUCAAGGGCACUGAUCAUCAGCAGGUUCCUCCUAAAGAAUUUGUCCCUGCACCAUCAUCAUCAUUUUUAGCAAAUGUUUUUGUUGAAGCUCAAGAUCAAAUAAAAGAAGAAGAAUCUUCCAGAAAUAGUAGAAGUUCCUCAGAGAAAAGUGCCAGAAUGAGUGAACAUACCUCAAAACACUCUUCAAAGAAACAGUCCGAAAGUUGUUCUCGUUCCUCUUCUGAGAGCCUAAGCCAGAAAAGCAAAAGACAUGGAGAGCAUACCCCUUUGGCUCAUGAAAAAUUCAAACAUCUGGCUUCAAAAAGAUACAGUCUUGCUAGGAAAGAGACAGGCGAUGUGACAAUAAUAUCCAAGACAGAGAAAAGUAAAAACAAAACAUCAGAACAUUCUAAGAGUGAAACAGUAGUAUCUGAUCUUGAAAUUUCAGAAAGUAUCCAUUCUCUAUCAAGCACAUGACUCAGGUCUAGAUAUUUGAAAUUAUGUCUUGCCUUAAAAAUUUCAAUAAACUUGGAAGCAUGGACCUGGAAAUCA